GGAUGCCAACACUGGAUAACUGUGCAUCGUCUUGAUUAAUAUAUUAAUUAGUGCUGUUUCUGUUCCGAAUCUUCAUCAAUUUCGCUCUUAAAUGAAACAAAAUUCAAUUAACACCGUUAACAAAAGAAGAAGACGAAAAGAAAAACGGCACGUCAACCUUUCGUCAUAAUCAACCCUGCGACCAUCGUGACCUUAUGCCCUCGCUGACACGGCAACAAGAAUUGCACAGCAGCAAAUUUUCGCUUUUGAUUUGAGACGCACAAACUGUGCGCGUCUGAAGCUCAAUAGAGCUUCGCUUAAAUUAUUAUUUUCGGUCACAGAAGUUUUAGAAAAAUAAAUAUCAUGUGGGACAUGAAAGAAAAAGUGAUUUUCCUACUCGCGAUUCUCUUCACGGUCUGCACCGCGAAUAAGCUCGAUCUUUCGUGGCAGGGUUUAACGAAGGAGAAAUUUUUUCAACACGACGGUGUGGUUUCGGCUAAAGUGGAGAAUGCGACCGAUUUGAACCUGUGUGGAAAUUUAUUUGAUAGUUUUUUGGACUGUUCAGCAAACCUCGACAAAUUGCAGAGGCUGGAUUUGUCCCAGAAUAGAUUACAGCGAUUUUUUUUCCUCUGCAAAAACGAGGACAAUUUGAUAUCGUUGAACGUCAGUCACAACCGUUUGCCAUUUCUGAACGACACAGCGUUGACGGAAAGGAUAUCGAAACUGGAAAUUCUCGAUCUUUCCUUCAAUCUUAUAGAAGUUUUUCCGAAACAUACUCUACAGCACAUGAAGAAUCUAAAGAUCCUUUCAAUGCGCGCAAAUCCGAUCGGUGACAAUCUACACGAAGAUUCAUUCAUUCAUUUGAAUUCCUUGAUUGAACUAGACUUGGGAAAUAUAUCGUCAAAAAAACUUCCUUCGCAACUACUUACGCCCUUAAGAAACCUGCAGCGAUUGAAUCUUGCUUCAAAUCCCCUACAAGAGAUUCCUCCCCUGCCAACGGGACUCCAAACUCUGGAUAUAUCGGGCACUGAUAUUCUGAUUUUACGGCAACUGACCGACGUCCCGAAACUUCAGGUUCUCACUAUGAACGAAAUGCCGUAUUUGGAAGAAAUUGAUCUUGGAAAGGAUCUCAGAGGACUGAAUAAUCUCGCAACGAUACGCGCACAAAAUUGUCCGAAGUUGAAGAACAUUUUCGUUAAUACAACCGACUCUGAUCGCGAUCGUCAAUUGUUACCUAGUUUGAAGUUACUCUCCCUUAAAAAUUGCUCUAUCGGUAAAAUAGACGCUACGCAACUACUGCCGGUCAUGAACAAAACUGCAGAAGUCGAUAUAGAAAACAACCCCUUAAUAUGUGAUUGCGAAAUAAUUUGGAUUCUCGAUUUAAACUCUACGCGAAAUCAUCGCGAAAAUUUGAGGUGUGAAUCGCCUCUGAAAUAUCAUGGAAAACGUUUGUACGACAUUCCCACCGAAGAAUUCAAUUGCAGUUCAUUUUCAAGCAUAUUAUAUUUAAUUUUAUGGUCCUGUCUCGGAUUAUUAUUACUCGGAUUGGUUAUCGGAAGUUUAAUAUUCCUCCUCAGAGAACCUUUGGGACAAUGGAGGACACGAUUAAGGAGACGAGACACCGUAACCUACACCAAUAUAAUCGCCACAUCGAGUGAAGGUCAAAAAAUGCUGGAACACUGCGAUAUAACCGACUACCCUUAAAUUGAAAAUCAUUAAUCGUAAAUCUAUUAUUAUUAUUGUUAUUAUUAUUUUUAUAAAAGUCAAUCCAAACUCUGUACAAGGAUCAGUUAUUGCUCGCACGGAUCAAGGUUAAGCUAUUAUUUUUUUUUUCUCCUAUUUAUCGCUCGGCGUCGACAGAUAAUUGAUAAUGUGGUAAUUAAUUUACAUGUUAUUUUCAACAUUCGGCCAGAUUAUUGUGUGAAGUGAGAUGUGAACUUUUUUCUUUGCCGUUAUAUUUCUCUCGUCAUUUAAACAAUAAAUACAUUAAUUUUAUAUCUCUGUAGAAAAGAUGAAAAAUAUAUUUACUUGUAUUAUAUUUAUA